AUGCAAGAGACGGUUUCGGUCAAGGAAAUUGUCGAAGUUCCAAUCGCAAAACCCGCAGAACAAAUAAAGAUCCAGGCUCAAAGCACUCCAAAAGAGCAAGGGAAACCGAUUGCAGAUAUCCUUCAAGAGAUCACCUUAAAAUAUCAGAAUAGAGCGCUUCCAGAGCUCCCAACUAGGGUGGAUCAGCCAUCGCAGGGGAUCAAGACACUCUGGUCGAAGAAUGACAUUGAGGCGCGGAGAGAAUCAGCUGUCCCAACUUCUAAAACCAAUGGGAUGUGGACUAUCCCAUCACCAAAAGUUGCCCUACGGGAAAACGAAUUCAAAGAUAACAUUUCGGCGGUUCACAUUCAGCGGAGGGCCCCGAUCUUCUCGGACCUCACUUCCACGCAGCUCUGGGAAAGCCCGAAUCUGGAAGUUCACGUUGAACCCGAUAAGACCGCCAAUGUGUCGGUAAACCUCUGGUCCCCCGCUCACAAAGUUCACCCCCCUCCAAAAGCUGUGAUUCCUGAUGAGUUUGGUGUUCUCGAUACUGAGGCCGCGAAUACUUCUCCUUCUCCUGAGUCCACUGCUGGACUCUGGAAGCCGUCCUUGGGUUUGCUAUCAGGUGAGAAUUCAGGCACUGAGGAAUUCACCCGUCUUUGGCCUUCUUCAAACACACUAGUCUCUAAAGAUCAAACCAAGCUCUCCCGCCCAACGAGAUCCUUGCCAUUAGCCCUAUCAGCCAUAAGCUCAGCCGGCCUUUGGGCCCCGCCCACCAAAGCCUCCCACGGACGAGGACUUUGGACCGCGCCCGAGAAAAUUAGCGGCCUCUGGCCUCAAGGAGAGCGGGUUCAGAAGUCGUCUCUAGGUAAUCUUUGGCCAUCUGCAUCCCCACUACCUGCCAUCGGAAACUCAGUAAUUCUGCCCCACCCCUCACCUCGCCCAUUAGGAUCUGCUUUCCUAUCUUUUGAAUCCACCGGGCUUUGGAAAAUGACUGCUGAGGGGUCAACAGUAUCUGGCUUGUGGUCCAUGCCAAUUGGGCGGAAGGGGCUGUGGCCUGAGGGCGAGACCGAGAGGCCCGCACGCAUCGGAAAUCUCUGGACUUCUCCCUCUGCUCAAUUCGAGAUUGUCCGAAGGACCAAUAUCAAGUUGGUCACGACAAAUGAUAACAAUGAUAGCGAGAGGGUUGUGCAUAAGAGGACCGUAGUUGACACUAUCGCCGAUGUUACAGGUAGUAUGUGGACUCCACAGGAGGGAAAGCCUGCGCAAUCAUCUGGAUGGCUUUUGAGACAACAAGAAAUCGUGGCCCCCCCUGCCGAAUGUGCCGAAUAUAUACCGGUAAUAGGUUCGCCUGCUUCGAGUACACGUAGACUACCGGAGUUUGUUCAAGGAGAGCCGGUUGAUUUUGCAUCUGCAGAACGCGCUUUGUGGACCCAGGUCCCGACUAUUGUAACUUCACAAACCUCUAGCGGUCUUUGGAGAUAUCAACCCAAGACCUUGCAGUCUGCAAACCGAAUUCCUAGGACUAACAUGAACAAUUCUAACAGCAUGCGAAAACCCCACCGAUCAAGAUACCACAUCCUUGCACCAGCCAGAGGUUUUCUAUGGAAAAAGGAAUUAGCCGACAAGUCACACCCACUACUUUGGGCGCCAUUUUCAAGAGAGAAUGGCUUAUGGAACGGCAAAGGGAGCACAGCAACCCUCACCGAGAUCGCGCUCUUGCGGGAUGCUGGCUCCUUAUGGACUCAGCACGGUAAUUAUGUGAAACCAAUCUUCGAUAACCAUCCGCUGGUUUCCUUUCGCUCAAAAAGACAACCAUCAACAUGCCCGUUGGAGUCAGUCCACGGCACUCUCUGGAUAUCGCCUAUUUCGAGCGUUGCAAACCACGAAAAAAGUGAUUCUAUCCGGGGAUUAUGGGGUUUUAAGUGGGGUGUCGAUCAGGAAAUAUCGGGGGUCCCAUCUCCUGCCACAUUGGCCCAAGAGGAAGAAUCACCUGUAAGUCCGAUCCAAGAACAUAAGCAUAACUUUCUCUGGCAACCGCGCGACGGGCCAACUCAGCCGGCACAUUCGCCAAUGCCCCCUGUCACACUAUCGAAAAGCAAUAAGCGACAUGAUUCCCCGCUUUUCUUGGCCCUGCCACCAGUAACAGGCUCUUUGUGGACUCCCCCUUCAAAAUCAAACCCAUGUCCGCCUAGAUUAUGGACACCGUCAUCCGUGACCUUAAAGGGACUUUGGUCUUUCAAUAACAAAACUCCCUCUCUCGCUAUCCUCACCCGAAAAAACGAUCCCCUUUGGUCUAAACAUAACGCUCCAGAGUCAAUCUUCUCCACUUUAGCCACCGAAUCUCGACGCGCACCCCCAACAAGGCCUGACGUUACAGUUUCCAUGGCAGGACCACUCUGGACAUCUUCUCCCGUUGAAAUUCAACCGCAAUUAUGGAGGCCAUUGAAGAAAACAGACGAGAGGCUUUGGACCGCUGAAGGAACUACUUCCCCCCUUUCCCAGAUCGCUAAUCCAAAGGUUGAGAGAACACCAUUGUGGAGCAAGGAAAAUAGUAUUGUUGCACCCAUCUUUUCUGAUCUAUCCCUCGUCUCGCUUCGAAGCAAGAGAGAUAUCUUCACCAAAACUUUGCCCGCUGUUAAAGAGGGCCUUUGGACGAAGCGAAUCGAUCUCCCUGAGGUUUCGCGAGAUACUACGGGAUUAUGGGGAACAACCGAGGAACUGCCAAAAAUGGAGGCUGCCUCUAGACGUGCCCCCAUGCUCUGGAAUAAAGAGGGUAUCACGGCCCCCAUCUUCGCUCAUUUACCUGCCGAUUCAGCACGAUCAAAGAAGGAUACUUCUUCAAUCGUUCUCCCAGUAUUCACCGAGCCUAUGUGGAAAAAGGAAGCUGUACUUAGAGCAAAGCCAGAGCUGUGGAAGCCCGCACCGAAACCUACCGGGCUAUGGGAUGCGAAUGCGAAGACUAAAACUUUGGCACAAAUGUCAUUUGAGAAGAAGGCGAAGGGUUCGCCUCUAUGGAAGAAGGAAGGGGCCCGUAGGACAACUAACGCUGUGCCGAUAAGAACAAAUACUGCGGUACGAUUACCGGAUAAAGCUGCUCUUCCUAAGAUGGUUGGAGGCCUAUGGAAACCGAAGAUUGCAGUCAAACCGUUUCCACAACUUUGGACACGCAGGAGGUCAAUGAGGGUGGAGAAGCAGCCUGUGGGCGUUCUCUUGUGGACGCGAGAGACGGCAUUAAGAACCACAGAAGCUACCCCUGAGCGAACGAAGGUCUCCUUUAUCCCUUCGGAUAGCCCUCUAUCUAAGGUAUCCGGAAAUCUCUGGCAAAAGAAGACGCCUGAAGGGCCGAGAGGGUUGUGGAAAAAACCUAUCAAAACUAUACCAUCCGCUAUCCGACCCUCGGUUCCCCUAUGGUCUCGAGAAAAGGCUUCAAGACGAACAGCUGCUGUUCCUGAACGCCUUGCCCUUGUUCCGAAAAAGUCUCUCCUUGUUCAAGCUGACCCCCCGAAGGCCUCGGGUACUUUAUGGGAGCCGAAGGCCAAGGCCGCUCCUAAGGGCCUUUGGGUUAAGCCUGCAGUUAUCGCGACCAAGCCUACCGCCAUUCGUACCGUCCUAUGGACUGCAGCUUCAGCUUCCCGCACAACCUCUGCCGCGCCUGUACGAAGUGCUGUUCCAAAGAGAGUCAUCGAAGAGCCCCUACCUAUGGUCUCUGGUAACAUGUGGCAGAAGAAGUCUCCCAAGAAAUCAAAGGGACUUUGGAAGCGUGAGAUCAAGACAGUUGGGACCUUCCGGAAGACUGUAAACACUCCGCUUUGGUCGAGGGAAGGUGCAGCACGCACUACAACCGCUGUUCCUGAGCGCGCUCCAUUUGUGCCAAAACCUACCUCUACAAAACCGUUGGAGCCCGCAAUUGGAGAUUUGUGGCAGCCUUCACUCACUGAAAAAGAAGUUAUCACGCUCUGGAAACAGAAGCCCGUAGUCUGUAGGGUGGGUGUUUGGAACGCAGAAGGAACAACCCCCUCGCUAGCGGAGCUCGCUGCGAAGUACACCUUAUGGCAACGGAGAUCUAUUCUAACAGCACGUGGUGCAAGCGGGGAUAUUUCUGGCAAUCGAUCUUCAUUCAUCCAGAGGAAGUUAACCAUGGACCCAAUUCAUCUAGAUACCUCUCAAAGCGGUCUCUGGAAACCAACGGGGGGCUCUGCCGACGAUGAUGACACUUCAUGGAUGAUCACUAACACUCCGCCUACGGGGACUUUAAGUCGUGCAUCUACACUUUCUGACAUGAGCGAAAUUUCGCCAACCGCCUCGGCAGUUGACGUAUACGAGCCUAGGAUCAGGUCUCAUUCCAACAAUCCCAGCAUUUCCUCCACUAGCGGGCUCUGGCGACCGUUCUCCAAUAGCUCAUCGUCUAGGAAGGCGGGGCUGUGGUCAAAUGAUGAGACUUCAGCGCCCUUUGUGGAUUUAAUUGGUGACAUUAGGACCGAGAGGAUUCCUUUGCCCACACAGAGGGAAAGGCCACUCGAGACCUUUGAUAGCUCUCAUAAUUUGUGGCAGCCGGAGAUCUUGUGUGAUUCGAAGGUAAAAACAUCCUCGGGCGCUAGAUAG